AUGGCUUUUGUCUUCAGAAGAUGGAGGGUUUUACUGGUGCUGAACGUGCUUGCGGUUGCUGGGUUCAUGACUUUCUGGGCCAAGUGCAACACGCGCAGCGCCCAAGCCGCCGCUCCAGAGGCUCCGGCGGACGGGAAGAGGCCCCCGGGCAACGGGACGGCGCAGGGGCCCAGCAUCAGCCAUGAGGUGCUGCUGAAGAGGCUCAGCUCGCUGGAGGAUGUGGUGUACAGGCAGUUAAACGGUCUGUCCAAAUCUCUGGGCCUGAUCGAGGGCUUUGGGGGUCGUGGUAAAGGCGGCCUCCCUGCCACGCUGUCGCCAGCUGAGGAGAGCGACGCUAAAUACCUGAGGGAGAAGUACGGCUACAACGCCUACCUCAGUGACAGAAUCUCUCUAGAUCGGACCAUACCGGACCACCGGCCCAGCAAAUGCAGAAAGGUCAGCUAUCCGAGAGAUCUCCCCAAGAUCUCCCUCAUCUUCAUCUUCGUCAACGAGGCUCUGUCGGUGAUCCUGCGCUCAGUCCACUCAGCUGUCAAUCACACUCCGGCUCACUUGCUUAAAGAAAUCAUCCUGGUGGACGACAACAGCGAUGACGAGCAGCUGAAAGGACCACUGGAGGAGUACGUGAACAAACGCUACCCCGGCCUGGUGAAGAUUGUCAGGAACCAGAAGAGGGAGGGACUGAUCCGAGCCAGGAUUGAGGGCUGGAAGGUGGCCACUGCCGAGGUGACGGGAUUCUUUGACGCCCAUGUGGAGUUCACCCCAUCCUGGGCCGAGCCGGUUCUGGCCAGAAUAAAAGAGGACCACAAGAGGAUUAUUCUGCCUUCCAUCGAUAACAUCAAGCAUGACACGUUCGAGGUGGAGCGCUACGAGAACUCAGGCCAUGGCUACAACUGGGAGCUGUGGUGCAUGUACAUCAACCCGCCCAAACAGUGGUGGGACGAUGGGGACAUAUCUGCUCCAAUCAGGACUCCCGCCAUGAUUGGCUGCUCCUUCGUGGCCAGCCGUGACUACUUUGGCGAGCUCGGCCUGCUCGACUCAGGCAUGGACGUCUAUGGAGGGGAGAACAUUGAAUUGGGCAUCAGGGUGUGGCUAUGUGGAGGCAGUAUGGAGGUGCUGCCAUGUUCCAGGGUGGCUCACAUCGCACGGAUGAAGAAACCCUACCAUAGUAACAUAGCUUUCCACACACGACGUAACGCUCUACGCGUGGCUGAGGUCUGGAUGGAUGAGUACAAGUCCAACGUUUAUCUGGCCUGGAACAUCCCUGUGGAGAACCACGGUAUUGAUUACGGUGACAUCUCUCAGAGGGUUGCACUGAGGAAGAGUCUGCAGUGUAAGAGCUUUGAGUGGUACCUCGACAAUGUUUACCCAGAGAUGAGGAGGUAUAACAACACGCUGUUCUACGGCGAGAUUCGUAACUCUAAAGCGAGCCACCUGUGUAUGGAUCAGGGUAUGAAGGAGAACCACACGGCCACCCUGCACCCCUGCCAUGGCUGGGGUCCUCAGUUAGGACGUUACAGCAAAGAGGGUCAGCUAUUCCUGGGCCCUCUGGGCAGCACCGGGGAGGACACUCGCUGUGUGGUGGACGAUCAGAUCAGCACCUUUCCUCAGCUCCUCAACUGUGACAAGAUUACCAACGUUAAGCAAAAGACAUGGCAUUUCUCUCAGAAUGAAUCGAUCAUAAACAGAGCCACGGGCCGCUGCCUGGAGGUGGUGCCGGCUAACGUUUACUUUGGCCACCUGCUGGUCCUGCAGCCCUGCUCCGGGCAGAGGUGGACCAUCAAGAACACCAUGAAGCAGUAGGUCGACUGGGACCAGUGACACCAGAGGCCAUUUUCAGGAGCUGUCAGGUCCCUGUCGGCUGAGGGACAACUGAUGAGGCAGAGGCUCCUCGUCUUCUCGAGAAAACACGGAGAUGGUUUCAAAGAGAUGUGAGCUGUGAACAUCUCAGUGAUACACGUUUUGUGAAAUUUCUUUUUUUUUUUUAACAAAGCGGACAUUCAUAAUGAUGCAAGUUUAGCAUGAGGACUGUUUCUCUCUCCAUCUGAAUUUGACAAACUUUCGAUGUGACAUUGCCAUAAUUCCUGUGCCACUUCUCUUCGAUGUUUUUAAGUUUAAGGAUGAAGAUGUGAUCAGCCAAAACUGUGUUCUGUCUUAUGUGGGGCAAAAAAUAAGGUUUCUAGCUUCAACCUCAAAACAUGUCUGCGUUAUCUCAUUCUGUAAAAUGUCAUGUCUUUCGAGCUGUGUAAAAGAAUAAAACACCUGGAAUUCCAUUUUCAGUAAUAUGCACUGAUCAGAAUUCAUUGGUAGUGUGUAAUAGGCUUUAUUAGAGGUUCUCGACUUUUUUUUAAGUUACCUGAAAAUGAAGGAGUUCCUACUUAUGACAGGCAUAAAUUUGAGUUAAACAUUAAUGCCUACAAGUGGGUUUUUAUUUUCUUCUUACAGAAGCCUAGACCAUGUAAAUAUCUAUAAUUUGAAGAAAAAGGCAUUAACAAUAAAUAUUACUUGAUGUAUCCGAGCCAAUUUCUUUGGAGUUAUUGUAAAUCAUCUCAAAAAUCAUAUUGUUGAGGGCUACUGGGCUAUAUCAUGGUUUUAUAUGGCGUGGAUGCAUUUGUCCUUUUUAUUGUCAUUUUGACUGAAAGCAUUCAAUAGCACCAAAUGCAGUACAUCUUGUAGCAUGAUUGUAAGUACUGUAUGCACAUGGGGACAAGGCUUAGUUGAGCUGAGCCAAUUUAUUCUGUUACCUGCUGAGUGCCAUAACUACUGCAGAAGGCCAAAACUACUAGGCUGCAGCCUGAAGCACUUUUUGGGAUACAGAGAUGGAGCUGCAGCCAAUGAGAGGAAGAUUGAAUCAGGAAUGGAAACGUGCACAAGUGUAUCAAAUGUGGAAAUGCUGGAGGCCUUUGAGGCUGGUAUUAUUAAUGUAUUGAGAUGUGUAUAAUGUCAUGUAUUCAAUUAAUUUAAUGUUAUCAGUUGGAUUUUUGCACCCAAGAUUGUCUUCCAAUAAACAACUGUUUUCCUGUU